AUGGAUAGCUCUGCUGAUAUUGAUGACUCCGGUGGAAUGGAUGGUGAUUUACCAACUGCAAAGUCCUUGAGUACACUCAGCUCAUUUGAUUCGAAUGGGUCCACGAUUGUUGAGGGCUUUUUUAACUCAAUUCCCAAAACAGGAAACGAAGUUGCAUUUAUUCGGUAUCAAUGCGAAAGGAUUGAGAAGCUACUUCUUCGAAAAAGGCCCGUUCAAGCCAUACAGAUGCUUAUUGAAGUUUCAGAUAACCUAAGCCAUUUAUCUCAGUGUGAUACGUACUCGCUUUGGGAGAGGCUAUAUCUUUACUUCGCGAAGGCCUAUGAACAAGUUGAGGAUUGGAAAAAUGUAGCACAUUGCCUUAGUUUGCUGAUUAAAUCAGUUGAACGGAGGUUAUCGUACGUCAAUUCCGAGUCAAUUGUAAAGUGGCCAAAAGCAACGAAAGAGUUGCUGGCUGAGUUGUGCAAACAGUAUGCUAUUACUCUAGAAUGUCUAAACGAAGACGCGAAUGGUGCUGCAGUUGCAUGGCUUAAGGUGGAGAAGGCCUUUGAAGAUUGCAAUUCCAUUCGGGAUGCUUGUUUUUCGGCACUUCGUGCGGUUCGAUGGUACUUAACUGGUGCAAAUGUGGAUUCCGCUCUAGGCGCCCUUUCCAUAGCUUUGGACAUGGUUAAAUUGGUUGGGAAAAUAUCUGAAAGAGGCAUUUUAUACAAUGAGUUGGGUAUGGCAUUCUUGGCCUUUGAACUUAAGGAUGACAGCAUUGCCUGUUUCCGGAAGGCAAUAAAAAGUCUUCCCAAAGGCGAAACGGAUGCUCGUGCCUCUAUUCUUCAAAACUUAGGCUCGGCUUAUAUAGUCGCCAAAAAAUUGCCUAAGGCCAUUUCAGCAUUAGAGCAGUCCGUGGCUGCUUACGGUAAGCAGGAUAAGUCACCCAUGUCGGAAGUCUACUUUUACUACCAUUGUAAAAGUCUUCAGCUUUUCUCCAUGGCAGGUGCAUUGAAGAAUACGGCAGGACAAGCGCAAGCUCAUUGCAAUUUGGGAUACGCUCUUAUGCGUGCAGGCCGGUACAAGCUAUCGCACUGGCACUACAAAUUGGCGCGUGACCUAGCUAAGGAAACCGCUUGGGAGGCUGUUCAGAUCCAAGCUGAAGCGGCACUAAAUGUGCUUGAGACUCCUAACUUCUCACAAAAUGCUAUCAAACCUCCUCCUGUAAUAUCCAUUUGUCCCUCUAUGACGCGACUACAGCGCCAAAUGAACAGCGAAACUUCAUCAUCGUCAUCUCCUUCCGUAAAGGUCAAGAAAAUGGGAAUGAAGGGUGGGAAGCGGGUCACGGAUGACAGAGAAAAGCAAAUCACUGAACAACUCACGACAAUUUUACCUACUUCUAGCUCCUCCAUGAAAUCAUCCAACUUGAAUGAUGACAUUUAUCUUCCAACCCGGCAGACUUUCUCUCUACGCAAAAUGAAUGGUAUUAAAUGCAAUGUGGAUUGUUCCCCACCCAUAAUGGGUCCACAAGCCGGAGACACCAAAAUCUCCCUUAAGUCGCCUUCAUUGCACCGGAAAAGGAGUAGAUCGUGA